UGAAAAAACCCAGUUGCACAGGCUUCUAUCCUAUGACUAUGGUGUCCAAUGUUUUGUAGGCGCUUAUGUUUCACGUGCUCUUCCUUCGUUGUGACUCAUUAGUAAUAACCUUUCUCUCAAUAAAGAAAUAAAACCCACAUUUUCUUUUUUUCAAUAUUUGCCACUCCAUUACCAAUUCUUUGCUUUCUAGCUUUUCUUUUAGUUUAAAUACUAUAUAGCCUUUGCAGCUUCCAAUGGCAGAUCUCAAGCCUGUGAUCGAGAUUUCUUUCGCUGAAAUAUUCCUGUGCAGCGCUUUCGCGGCUUGUUUUGCCGAGUUCUGUACUCUUCCUUUGGACACUGCUAAAGUCAGGCUUCAGCUUCAAAAGAAAGCAGCAGCAGCUGGGGUGGAUGGAGUGGGUUUUCCCAAAUAUAGAGGCUUGUUGGGUACUAUGGCCACCAUUGCCAGGGAAGAAGGUUUGUCGGCACUUUGGAAAGGCCUUAUUCCAGGAUUACAACGCCAGUGUCUUUAUGGAGGCUUACGGAUUGGCUUAUAUGGUCCUGUCAAAAGAUAUCUAGUUGGCAGCGAAUUUAUUGGAGAAAUUCCUUUAUACCACAAAAUACUUGCUGCUUUUUUAACAGGUGCUAUAGCAAUUAUUGUGGCUAAUCCAACUGAUCUUGUCAAAGUUCGACUUCAAGCAGAAGGAAAAUUGCCGGCUGGCGUGCCUAGGCGUUAUUCUGGAGCUUGGGAUGCUUAUUUCACCAUAGUGAAGCAGGAAGGUUUAGGGGCGCUGUGGACUGGCCUUGGCCCCAAUAUAGCAAGAAAUGCUAUAGUAAAUGCUGCUGAACUAGCCAGUUAUGACCAAGUGAAACAGAUGAUUUUGAACAUUCCAGGGUUCAUGGACAAUAUAUUAACUCAUCUGCUAGCUGGUCUAGGUGCAGGUUUCUUUGCUGUCUGUAUUGGUUCUCCUGUUGAUGUGGUGAAAUCUAGAAUGAUGGGAGAUUCAACUUACAAAAACACGCUUGAUUGCUUCAUCAAAACUUUGAAGAGUGAGGGAUUUCUUGCCUUUUAUAAAGGGUUCUUCCCUAAUUUUGGCCGGCUGGGUUCUUGGAAUGCUAUUAUGUUUCUAACUUUUGAGCAAGCCAAGAGAAUUUUCUGAGGUGAAGUCCAACUCUAUAGCUUUCCUGGUUUGGAAUUAGCAAGCAGGAAGGUGCAGCCUUUGCUUGGAAAUUGCCUCUUCAUCUAUUUCUGAUUUUUUGUGGAGAGAUAAGAUCACCACUACAUUUUUUGGUUCACCACUCAGUUAUUUAUAUAGGGUAGUGUAUGUAACAUUGAAUAGACUGUCAAACUAGAGUGACUUGAAAAGUUAUUCAUUAUUAUUGAUCCUUUUGUGAUAGUUUGCAAGCUGCUUUCCUUGCCAUUUCUCCAAAUUGGACAUUGCGUACAUUAUUACGUUGUAAAUUUGAAUGAAAACAAACCACUAUAUUGUGGGAUUUUCAUCG